UCAGUGUUAUUAUUAUUGUGUAAAUGGUGCUGCUCUGUUUUUAAAAUAUUUUAAAGUGAAGAAAUGUCGUCUGCGAGUCGGUCUUCCCAAGCUGAAAGUUUAGUUGGAGCGUUGGUGGCCAGCUCGUUUGAUGCUGACCCUGCCACUAGGGGAGCUAUAUUCACCUCUCUUUCAGAGUUUGGGGGGAAAUCCCCUAACCUGGUACUUAAAAUGGUUCAUGAGUUUCUCAUCAAACAUCCCAAACUUGAUUUAAAACACCGGGUCCUGUUGUUGUCUUCCAUGAAUAAGAUCCUCAUCUUAAGGAUUAAUGAUGUUGAUCAAGGGAUCAGUGAGCAACUUAUCUCGCUUGCAUCGGAGGACCUUACCAAAACUAAAAAACUCUCGCACGAAUGGCAAAGGGAGGCCGCCCAAAUUCUUGUUAAUUUAUCAACGCGUUUUCUACCACAAGUAUUGGAUGAGCUUCAAAAGAAAUAUGUUCCCGGGAUCUUACCCCAUUAUUACGUGGUUCAUACACUGGGUAAAAUGGCAACGUCGAACGUUUCUGGUAGUAUUUCCCACAUAGGAGGUUUACUAAGCACCACACUUCCGUUGCUUGGUUUGUCGAAACACGAUGACAUGAGGUUAGUUUUUUCGUUCACACUCUCAAGUUUUUGUGAAGCAAUUAUGGAAUACACCGCAAACCCUAUGGAAGACAUGCAGUUUACAAAGUCAGACUUCUCUAUUGAAAUAUUGGGAGCUUUUGAUGUUUUAUUCUCUGUCUGGAUUAAUACAAGGGAUACUAAGGUAAUAUUUGCUGUAAUUGGAGCAUUGGGCAAAAUGAGUCAUCUCCUCUCACCUGAAGCAUUACAGGCAAAUUCCCCAAGAUUAGUGACAGUUUUAUUGAAUUUAUAUAAACGCCACAGUUUAACACCAUUGCCGAUAACGACAGCCAUUUGUGAUGUCAUAACAGCUGUGACUGCUAUAGGAAGUUCAGUUUUGGAACAAAAUCUUGAUUCCCUAAUUACCAAUCUACAUCAUCAGGUUUGCAAUGCGCCAGAGAAUUUUAACUCCUCUCCAGAAGUUGUUAAGAAUUAUAAUGAGUUGUUGAGAUGUUUUGGUACUUUAGCAACUUGUUAUUCUGAUAUCUUGAUUGGAACAAUCUUACAAAAAGCAGAAUCGAAAGAAGAAAAAGUUCGAAAUGGUAACUUGGUCAUUCUGAGGCAUUUGAUCAACUCAAACUCUUCUGCUAUGGAGAGAAAACAAGAUUUUGUCGUGACGGGACUUUUAAAACAUUUGUUUGAGACAAACAAUAAAGUGAAGCAGAAUCUUUCCAAGCUCAUAAUCGCCAUGGCAACGCAUGGUUACCUUCUCCGAGAAGGGGGUCAAGAGUUCAUCAGGUUCGUAACGCUCCAGUGCAGUUUACUUGGCGAGGGAAAACCCCCUAAACCAGGAACGGUCACAAAUGCUGAUCUGAGGGAAAUGUGCGGGAAUAUUUUGAAGCUGGUGACGACUACUAUUGAUGGCAUGGAUGGGGUAAGAGUUGUAAUGUUUGUGUGGCAAGCAAAAAAUGGUUGUUUAAGUUUCAAAGUAGAUUGUUGUGUUGAUGGUGUUAAAAGUUUCAAGUAGAUUGUUGUGUUGUCU